UGACGUUGUUCGCCUUACGAGACUUCAAAACUUGGAAGUAAUGGCCCUAGAGACUGCAGAUCCUUACGAUCGUCAGGAACAAACAAAGGCGGCUUCUGACAAUUCAAAAGGGAUGCUCGUUCUUCUUGCCAUGUUGAAAACGGUGGGAGAUACAUUUGAAAACGCUGAAGUAGAGCAAUUCAAAAAUUUAAAGUUGUAUCUACUCCAACCAAGUGCUUCGACUGUGAUCAAUGAAGUACGCCCAAAAUGAGCUGUAUAGCUUUGUUCGCGAAUCGAAUGUGAUCGUAGGUCAAGAAUUCGAGGAAAAGGGGGAUUCCCUAUUGCCCUUGGUCAACUUCUUCUUGGAUAUCAAGG